AUGUAGCUGAUCAAUCGUGGCUUCUAUCAAUUUAGCAAAGUUAAUCUUCCAAAAACGAUAGGAGUAUUAGGAUAUGGAGCAAUCGGAAAAGCCUUCACAGAAGUAUUGCUAAACUAACAUCCAGGUAUAGUUCCUCAUUAUUAUUUACUAGAGGCCAAUGUAGUGGCACUUGACAAGUACGAUGCAUUUUUUCCAAAUGAGAAAAGGUUUAAGACUAUAAUUUAAAAACGAACUAGAGAAAACUUAACACGAACUUUGGAUGUUAUGGGGUACUUCUAUAUUCUUAACCUUAAAAAUAGCUUAAAGGCAGGAGAUACACUAGUUGACUUGUCAACAAAUAUAGAAUUUUCAGAAAUUUGGGCACUGUGUGCCAAAAAAGGUGUUCGAUAUCUGAAUACAGCAUUGGAAGUGUGGGAAGACAGUGAGGAUGCUAAUUCAUGUCCUGAAAAUGCAGAAGAAGCAUAUAAAUUGACAUUAGGAUAUAUCAAAGACAAUGCCAAGAAAUCUCCAUUUUGGUCAAAUGUAAGAUGUUAUACUAACUUAGGGACCUACUGCUUUAUUAGAAACAGGAUUUAAUCCAGGAGUUGUAUCUCACUGUGUUAAACGAGGUUUGGAGGAUUGUGCAAAGCAUUAUCUUGAGAAUCCUCAACAAGAUCAUGAUUUAGGGAAUUUAAGAAAAUAUUUGAAAGAAAAAAAUCAUUCGAAAUUAGCACAAGUACUUGGAGUACAUACUAUUCAUUGCUCUGAAACUGACAAUUAAUUAAUGGCUGAAAUACCACAGGAUUUAAAAACAAAAUUCUAUAAUACAUGGUCAUGCAGAGGAUUCCUUACUGAAGGACUUGUCCCUAUUCAAGUAGCUAGAGGAUCUCACGAAGAUAUGCAAAUACCUAAUUGCUACACAAUCAGAGAUGGUAAGACAAUAGUCUCAAGAAAACCAUCUGUUUAAACUUGGGCUAAGAGUUGGGUGCCUAAUGAAGAUAUUAAAGGUAAAUUUACUUUAUUUAUAAUUAGGUGUUUUGAUUCCUCAUGGUGAAGCUUAUUCCAUAUAAGACUAUUUAAGUGAUCCAGAGACAGGAUACUCGCCGUCUUAAUAUUAUGUUUAUGAUUAUAAUCCCUUGGCCAAGGAGUUCAUCAGGAACUUACCUCCAAAUGCCACCAUAGACAAUACUCAUCCUGAGAUGGAAGUUAUUCACCCAAUGAAUCACACAUCAUUGAAAGGUUGGGAUAAAGUUGGAGCACUCUUGAUUAUGAAGCAUAAUAGAGCUUGGUGGACAGGGAGUAUUAUGGAUGAAAUUGAUUGCUCCAGUAUGUAUAAGGGAAUGUUUGGUCCAACUGUCUUAUAAGUUGUGGCUGGAGUUUAUGGAGGAUUCUUGUGGACUUGUUAACAUCCUAAUAUUGGAGCACACUUCUCUGAAGAUGUUGAAACUGAUGAUCUUAUUCGAAUUGUAAAAAAUCUAUUACUAUACCAUUUAUAGGGUGAACAUCUAAUGGGUAGAUUCAUUUCCAUCCCAGUGGAUUUGACCAAAACUAAGAUUAAGGAUUGUUAUAAAUUGCAAAGCUUUCUAUGCCAAUAAAUUUGA